ACUGGCACCGCUCCCUGCCCCCCUCGGUGACCCUCCGGUCAGUCUCAGGAGAUAAGAAGCCUCCUCCUCCCCCGGGGCCGUGUCUUGUUGUGGGGGAGGGUGUCCGCUCACACGUGGGGGGAGUGUUGUCUCCUCCUCACAGCCCGUGUUAUCAUCAGCAGCAGCAUGGCGGAGGAAGACAGAGCUGGCAUCGUCCCCCGGAGCACCUCGGUGUCCCGGCUCUCUAAGGCCCUGUCCCACACCCACCUGGACCUGCUGGAGCAAGAAGCUAUGAUGGCAUCCCCAAUGCAGCCCCCGGCGCUGCCCAGCCGGGUGCCAGCCCCAGCCAGCGCCCGCAAGAGAAAGCUGUCCAAGAGCCUGUCCGGGUCCAUGGAGAGCCUGAAUGGCAUAGUGAGCGAGGCCCGGGUGCUGGUGGUGAGCACCGGGGGCACCAUCGGCAUGAUGUACCAGAAUGAAGUUUUAGCUCCUCAGGCAAAUGCAUUCGCAAAGGCUCUGAAAAAGCUUCCUAUCCUCCACGAUGAGCAGUACGCCCAGCAAACCAAGCUCUAUGACUUCCAUGACUUUCCUGACAACACUUUGGUUCUCCCUCUCUCUAAGCAGAAUAAACGGAUUGUGUACACUAUACUGGAGUAUUCCCCGCUGCUUGACUCCUGCAAUAUGACCACCGAUGACUGGGCCAAAAUUGCCACCGACAUCAAGAAAAACUAUGAGCAAUAUGAUGGCUUUGUCAUUCUUCAUGGAACGGACACUAUGGCGUACACUGCGUCUGCCUUGUCAUUUAUGUGUGAGAACCUGGGUAAAACCAUAGUGUUAACUGGAUCUCAGGUUCCUAUCUAUGAGAUGCGGAAUGAUGGUCGUGAUAACCUGUUGGGGGCGCUGAUGAUUGCUGGCCAGUUUGUUAUUCCAGAGGUGUGUCUGUAUUUUCAUCACAAGCUCUACAGGGGAAACCGGGUGACUAAGGUGGAUGCUGGAAGUUUUAAUGCGUUCAAUUCUCCUAACUUGCCUCCACUUGCCAACGCUGAAGUUGAUAUUACAAUAAAUUGGGAGACUGUUUGGAGAGCAAACACCACAAAGAAGUUCCACGUGCACACAGACAUGAACAGAAAUGUGGGGUUGCUCCGCAUAUUUCCUGGAAUCACCACCGCCACUGUGAAAGCUUUUCUCCAGCCGCCCAUGGAGGGCAUUGUGCUUGAAACCUACGGCACUGGAAAUGCCCCCGAUUGCCGAAUUGAUUUACUGCAAGAACUGAAGGCAGCGACGGACCGCGGUGUGGCAAUUAUUAACUGCACACAGUGUUUACGGGGAUCUGUCUCUCAGUCUUAUGCAACUGGAAAGGCUCUUACUGUGGUCGGAAUAAUUCCUGGAUGUGAUUUGACACCAGAAGCUGCACUGGCCAAAUUGUCCUAUGUUCUUGGCAAAACCCAUCUAACACAGGAGCAGAAGAGACAGAUGCUGUUUGAGAACCUCAGGGGAGAAAUGACGGUCAGUGCAACAGGAGCAAAGAUCUCCCUGAGGGACAGCAAGUUCAUUCAAGUUGUCGCCAAGUCUGUUGGUGUGAGCUGCAAGGAGGAAUUGGAGGCAGUCAGAGAUGCGCUCACCCCUGCCCUGGCUUGUGCUGCGGCUGCAACCGGAGACAUUAAUGCCCUGGAAGCAAUAAGGGACAUGGGAGCUAACCUGAGCAGUGAGGACUAUGAUGGCAGGACACCACUACAUGUCGCUUCCUGUGAGGGACACUACCAAGUGGUUCAGUAUUUGCUGAAUAAUGGAGCUACGGUUUACGCCAAGGACCGAUAUGGGGACACGCCAUUGAUGAAUGCAGUGAAGUUCAGGCAAAUUGAGGUGAUCAAGUUGUUACGUCAGACAGGCGCUCACCUUUCCUGGGAAGAGCUGGAGCACAGCGGUACCGAACUUUGCAGCCUGGCUGCCAGUGGAGAUGUCGAAGGGUUAACUGCCUGGGAGCUGGCCGGUGUGGACAUGGAACAAGCUGGGUAUGAUGGGCAGACGCCGUAUCAAGUUGCAGAAGCUGUGGGGAAUGAAGAGGUUUUGGAAUUUUUCCAUCAAAAGAGAGCACAGGUUUUUCUCAAUGGCAGCUCGAGUGAGAAAGAUAACUACUUGAGUAAUUGAAGAAAUCCUCUACUUCAGACACUUUAAUGGUGGAUUGUAUUGUUGUUUCAAAGCACAAACUCUAUAACUUGUAGGUGCCUGUAGGGUCAUAGCAUAUCAAUUGUCUGCCUGAGGUGUUACUUUAAUGAAAAAAACAUUUGACAUGCCAUGCAGACACGUCGAAAGUUUUGACUAGUCAGGUUGUCAGUGCCGAGACCCGCACCGAUCACUAGAUAUAGCUGGGUAAAAUACGUGGCAUCGCGCUUCACGUCCGACUUGGCUACAAACCUGUCACUUUGCAAACGUCCGUCUCCAUAGAGUAUAAGGGAGCCAGUGGAAAGAGCCUGCGAUAAGCACAGAGCCAGGACGUGAAGCAUGCACACUGCAACAUGCUUCACCGGCUAUAGCUAGUGAUAGGUGGGUGUCUCAGCACCGACUACCCGACUGAUCAAAACUUUCGACAUAUGUUCAUGACCUGUAAAAAGAGUUUUCAUGACAGUAAUGGUUUAAAGCCAGAUUCACCUGUUUAAUACACAAUUAGAAUUUUUCCAUUACUUGUCUCUGGUUGUCAGCCAAAGCAACAGAUUACAGCAAAACUGGCUGAUGUGUAUGGGGGGCCUCCCAGCUCACCUUGGGGGAAUACUGAUUGGUCAUGAUGAAUUCCAAUGGCCGAUCAUUUUGUUUCCUCAAGAAAUAAGCCACCACCGGAGAUGUCUGGUAAAGGCUUUAUCCCAUCUACCCAGCUUAACCGAUUAAGCCUCUAAGGAAGGGGGCGCGGGGAAUCUGGGCGAAUUGUCACUUGACAAUUACUGAAGUUGUGUAUGGCAAAAAUAAUAAUAGAACUCCAAGGUGUGGAUGGGAUACACAGGCGCUCAACAACCAGGUAGCAGGAUAAAAUGUUUAAUCACCCAUAAUGCAACGCGUUUCACAGCACAGCUGCUUCAUCAGGCACCGUAGCUUAAUGGGGUUGACCAGGAUUGGAUAACUAGUGCCACUUUUGUUUAUAGUCUGUGCCUGGUAUUGCAGCCUUGACUUCAGAGGAGAUAAGCUGCACUUCUAGAUUAUGCAUGCCCAACCACAUUCAAACGAAUGCUACAAUUCAGGCACUGAACGGUGGACGGGAACGGUGUUGUUUGCCGAGAACAAGAAGGCUCGGUAUUCUGAUCCUGGAAUCCCCUUUAUUUCCUGCCAACUGCCCUCAGUUUAGAAACAAUUCUGCCUUUAGCUGAAGACCUAUAUAACCCUGACAGACUGGUUGCUAGGGACGUGCUGCUUGAAAACCCCAUUCACUGGUUACUAGGGGUGAACUGCCCAACAAGCACAGUCUGUUUCACGUGACUUCAGCAUUGGCACUGACCUGAAGGGUGAAAUAUCUUGGCUGUGGUCCAGCCAUGCUAUUCCUCUGUAAAGGCCCAGGCAGUCAUGGUCUUCCUCUGAUAUUUGUGUGUGUUAUAUUUAUGUAGUGUAGCGUGUUCUUUCCUUGGUGUGUUGUAAAGUGUCGUAUGUGAUGGACAUCAAUCUACUCCAGUGUUUCCCAACCAGUGUGCCGCCAGCUGUUGCAGAACUACAACUCCCAGUAUGCCCGGACAGCCUUUGGCUGUCCGGGCAUACUGGGAGUUGUAGUUCUGCAACAGCUGGAGGCACACUAGUUGGGAAAUACUGGUGCACUCCAUGUGAAAUGUGUCUUAUUUUUGUAUUAGACUUUUAACAUAUAAGUGAAGCGCGUGUCUUAAUCUGUGUCAACUGAGCCCGAUGGGUGUGUCGGAUCGCUAUGCACAUUGAGGUAAAUUAUGCUGCGAUGGCUGGUAUGUUUAUGAACAGGAGCUUUUUGUCUCGGGGCGGGGAGGUGCACAAGAUGGACUUCUGAAAAUAGCAGGAAUCCAGCUACAGACCUGUCAGUAACAAAGCACAUGGCAGAAAUGCAAUAUCUGUAUUAUUCUCCUUUUAGGAUACAUGAAUGUAUUUUUUUUUUUUUUUUUUUGUACUGUAAAUGGGAAGAAAACAGUGACUAAAUUGUUUUGGUGUAAAUCAGUAUUAGCAAUAAAGUUUUAUCAA